AUGGACCUGCAUUCAAUGGUAGAAUCUGUUAUUGGACACAGAUAUCCCAAUUACCGACUCACCAUAACGUGCCAUCUUCUAUGUAAUGAAAUUAAUAGUUUCUGGCACCAAGUUUAUGUCCCAGCUAGCCCACCAUCUUUCUUGGCUGGUGAAAUAUUCGGAGGCUCGGCAGUAACUGUUAAUGAAGAAAUCAGGCAACGAUUGGUGGCUCACAAAUCGGCUGAAUCGUCGGUAACUAUUUUUCCCUAG